UUAAUUGUUAUUAGCGGUUUGGUAGCUUUUACCGAAGGUGAUCCCGACUCAAUACCAAUAUUUAACUAUAAACUAACAUGCACGGGAAACGAGAGAUCUCUAAAUGAGUGCACAAUAUCUAAUGCAGUCAUCGAAAAUUGUACAAGAGCUGUUUAUAUAACAUGCAAAGCUGUUAGAUUGGCUACAUGGAACGAGUAUAACGAUGAAGGUACUGUUGAGAUAUUUUACAACGGUUCUUGGGGAUAUGUCAGUUCUUUGGAUUAUGGAUUCAAUGACGUCACUGCACAAUUUCUUUGCGAAACGUUUGGUUUUCGAAAUGUAGGUUUUAGUUCGGGGUAUACCUUAUUAGAGUCAUAUGUCGGAAAAGGUUGGUACGGAUAUUUGUCAUGCGAUGGUACGGAAGCAGACAUCAUGCAGUGCGAAGGACCUUCAAGCUUUAAGUUUGUACCACAUUAUCAAUAUUGGAAUCCUAUUUACGGAGCAACCUGGCUUCAUUGUUUUGAUUUUAAUGUCACAUCAAUUCGAUUAGUUAAUGGACCAAAUCCAAACGAAGGCGUUGUAGAGCUACAGAUUGGUGGUCGUUGGGGAUCAAUUUUUAUGAAAGACGAGAGAAAUACGUCUCAAAUAAAAACUGUUGGCAGUGUUCUUUGUAAAAUCCUAGGAUAUGUGUAAGUAUUUACAUGAAGAUAAUAUAGCAUUAAUGAAUGGUUAAUCAGUAGAUGAAAGUACACAAGUUAUUAUUAAGAAUCACAAUCUAAUUAACACAUUGAACAAACAUGUAAAUUUAUAGUAUUUAGCUAUUCUGUAUGUCACUUUACUUUAAUAUGUAUUAUUAUAUAUUAUACAGGGGUGUUUCCGAAAUAUUGGAUGCUUUUGUUAUGGAUUAUACUAAGUAUACCUGGAUGUCGAAUAUGUCUUGCAAUGGGAACGAAAUAGAUUUAACGGAUUGUUCCUAUACAAUAGGAGGAUGUUCAUAUAGCUUAGCUGUAAAGUGCGAAGAUAUAGACGAAUGUUUGUCUCAGCCAUGUGAGAACAAUGGUGCGUGUGUUAACGCAAUCAAUGGAUUCGUGUGUUCUUGUGAUCAGGGAUACGAGGGAUAUAGAUGUCAGAAUGAAGUUGGAGAUCAAACAACAUUGAUAGUUGUACUGAUAUCUUCAAUUUGCGUUUUAUCAAUUGUUGUUCUCGCUACUGUAUGUUGCUGUUUAAGGUAUAGAAGAGAACAUAAAAAGACUAAAACGGACCUUUCGAACGUACUUAAUAGUGGUAAAGGAGGUUUGCAAAACACUGAAGAAGUUGAAACCGUACAAACAGAAAUGGAAGAAGGGCAUUACGACGAGGAUGUUUACGACGGAAUAAAGGAAACUACCGUGGCUGACGUUGCUGAUUACAUCAAUCCGGGUGCAGAUGUUGAACCACAUAGAGAUGCUGAUGGUUAUGUUAAAUUUGCUGAAAAUGAUCGGAGUGUUGGUUAUUACAAAUUGAAGCACACGAAAACUGAAGAUUAUUCCAACUUGUGUGUAUACAAAUUUUGAAA